AUGUUCCCGUCUCCUGCCCUGCAGGUAGGGCAGGCCCACCACCGAGACCUUUCGGUUGGACUGAAGAAUGACGUUGGUCAGGUAGCCGAUCUUGAGCCGUACUUUGAUUGGGCCCUCAACGAAGAGUGUAUGGACUACAAUGAGUGUGACCAGUAUGGACCAUUCCUCCACAAUCAUAAGGCUGUGUUCCACGUCCAGUAUUCCAGCAAGAGCCACGGGUCCACCACGCGCAGUCACGUGUGCCACGCCUCGAACAAUGACCGUCCCCACCAGUUCAUGACCCUUAUCAAAGAGAAACUGGUGACUGACUGGAGACUCGCUUGCUAAACUGAGACGUACUCUGUAUUCUCAAAUCGUGAACUUUUUAUCUAGUAAUUGUCAAAAUAUUCGUUUGGGUAAAUUUGAAAUACAAUAUGUACUAUGAAUAAACUGUUUUGUCAGUUUCG